CGAGGUCUCGGAGCGCGGAGUUCCGCACCAACCAUCUCACGCCCGCGCAUAAAAACAGCUCAGACAAGGGAGGACGGGAGAGUGAAUAGACACACAUAGAGGGGAGAGGGUGGGAGAUGCACAGGUAGAGAGAUAAUUAGAUAGAGGGAGAGAUAGAGAGAGUAGUGGCAUGUUGUGUCUCGCACACGCAGCUUGUGCUGUCCUCAUUUCGCUUUGAGGCGUUCACGCGGGCGGCCGGCUGCUGCUUAGCGAGCCAAACCGGAGCUGUAGGCGAACCUAGCGUAACCGGAUCAGAAACCGAACCGAACUCAACCAAAGCGAAUCUCAACGAACUUAACUCCAAACCCGAAAUCUCUCGUGUCUGCAUCGAACCGAACCGAAUCGUAACUUUGGCCUCCGAACCGAACAUAAAACGAACGCGCACUCAACCGAUCUUCGCGGAACCGAACCCCCAAGCUAACCGAACCGACUCGACGGGAUCCCAACCGAACUGCAACCCCGCCGAACCGAACCGUGCAGAACCGAACCGAACGUAACCCAACAUAACUGGAACUAUCCGAACAGAACCGAACCCGAGCGUAGCUUAAACUGAACCGAACCUGUAAUCGGAACGAAACCCGAACCUGAUCUCUCUUAACUUCACCCCACCCCUCUCCCUCGCCGCUCGCGUCUCCGGAGUCCCCGUUCGCACUGGUUCGGCACGCGGCCCCGUGUGCAUGCAUAUUGGGGAGGCCUGGAUGGUCCCGGCGAGGUCUCUCCAAGAGAGGGGACCCCGCGAGCUCAUGGAGGGGGGGAAGGGCCCACCGGCCCAGUCGGACAAAGCUACCGCGGCACCGGUGGCCGGAUCGGUGGCCGCAUCAUCCCGGGAGCAUCGCGAUGCGAAGCGAGCUCCGAACUCUUUGCCCAAAUCCACGGGAUUCGCCAUUCAGGAGCUGUUGGGUCUGGGCCGCGAUUCUCCAUCCCCGCCGCGCCAGAACAACACCAACCAUCACAACCAUCACCAUCACCACCACCACCACAAUCAUCACCAGCACCACCACCCUCUGCAGCAGCAGCACCUUCAUCAUCAGCAUCAGCAGUCGGAGCAGCGCGCCUUCAUCACGCCCGGAGUCUUGGGCGUCCAAGUAUCCACGGCACUCGCGGCGUCUCUCUACCCGCAGCCCGUGGCUAAUUUCCUGUCGGCCCUGGCCGAACCCCGCGAGGCCUCGCUGGGGGCCGCGGCCGGUCGCUUGCAGGUGCCCGGGGCGGCUCACGGCGGCUGCGUCGGGUCGGGAUCGGCGCCGGCUCAAGCCGACAGCGGCAACGAACAGAGCUCGGAGGGAGACGAGAUCUGUAGCGACGGCGGCGCGGCUACGGAGAGGGACGCCCCACGCGAGGCGAAGCGGCGGAAGAAGCGACGGCACAGGACAAUCUUCACGUCCUACCAGCUGGAGGAGCUGGAGAAGGCCUUCAACGAUGCACACUACCCGGACGUGUACGCCAGGGAGAUGCUGGCACUGAAAACCGAGCUCCCGGAGGAUCGCAUCCAGGUGUGGUUUCAGAAUCGCCGAGCCAAGUGGCGCAAGAGAGAGAAGUGCUGGGGCCGCAGCAGCGUGAUGGCCGAGUACGGUCUGUACGGCGCCAUGGUGAGACACUCCAUCCCACUCCCGGAGUCGAUCCUGCACUCCGCCAAGGACGGGGUCAUGGACUCGUGCGCGCCCUGGCUCCUCGCCAUGCACAGGAAAUCCAUGGAGGGGGUCAGCAAAUACGAGGUGGCGCGGGACGGGGUCCCGAGCCCCCCGGGAGACCCCUGCGACGCCCGGGGCCCCCCGUCUCACUCCGCGGUGGCGGCGGCGGCGGCGAUGGCAGCGGUGGCGAGAUCGGAUGGCGACCCGCGUCGCCACCACCACCACCACCAUCAUCAUCAGCACCACCACCCCAAGGGGAGGAGCGGCAGAGGGCCCGGCGGUGGCGGCGGCGGCGGCGAGGAUAGAGACGACCGAGGGGACCGAGGGGACCGUGGGGAGCGAGGGGAGCGAGGGGAUACCCCGACCCCGGCUGGGCCGAGGCGGGAGGGCGACGAGAGGUGGAGGCGCGAGGAGAGGAGGGAGAGCAGCAUCGCCGCGCUGCGCGCGCGCGCCGUGGAACACAGCGCUCGCGUCCAGCAACGCGGAGACGAGGGUGGAGGCGUGGAGAGCGGUGGACGUGGAGUGGACGAUCAGGGUGGACGAGGGGGUGGACGAGGGGAUGGUCGGGGAGAGAGCGGCGGUGGUGGCCCGGGGGAUGGUGACGGUGGUGCAGUGAUGAAAAUGGGAGACGUGCAGAAAGUGGUGGUGGACUCGGUGAUGAUCGGGAGGGACGAGGAGAGAGCGAUGGUGGUGGUGGUAGUGGUGGACGAGGUGAUUAUAGUGCGAGAGGGAAACGCGGUGGUGGACCCAGUGGUGGAGAUGGAGCACGAGGUGGUGGACGAGUCGAUCGUCACGACGACGAGCGACAAGAGAGCGGCGCACGAGAGGACGACCUUGGGGGACUUGCGGAGAGCGGCGAACGCACCGGACACGCCGGAUGCUUGCGAGGGCCUGAGUCUACCACAAGGUUCACGCCGCAACAUCGAGGGUGUUGCAAAAGGUCCGAGCGAGAUCGCGUGCGAUGAGCAGAUACGGCACCGCUGGCUCGCGCGGCCUGUCGCCUUUGUUGAGCUCCAGCGCGAGAAGAAGGAACCUCCGUGGGGUCGAAUCCGGACAUGUGUUGGCAGCUCUCGCCUGCGCCAGAUGCGCCCUCCGUGCGCACAGGCUGCGCCGGCCUAA